UUCAAUUUUCAUUCCACAAAUUUACAAGACUUGUACAAACAAAUAUUCAAAGUCUCAAAACAGCUUCUUUUACCAUAAAUAAUUACAAAAUUAGCCAACACCCACUUCAUUUUAUUGAUUAUCUUUGAUUUUCCCUACAACUUUCAGAAAAUGGUGUUCAUUUCAGGCAACGUCCAAAAGCAGCAGCUUCUUUCAAAAAUAGCCACAAAUGAUGGACAUGGAGAAAACUCAGCUUAUUUUGAUGGCUGGAAAGCUUAUGAAAAUGAUCCUUUUCAUCUCACUAACAAUCCAAAUGGUGUUAUUCAGAUGGGUCUUGCAGAAAAUCAGCUUUGCUUUGAUUUAAUCCAAGAAUGGGUGGUGAAUAAUCCAAAAGCCUCCAUUUGCACAACUGAAGGAGCUGAAGAUUUCAGGGAUAUUGCCAUUUUUCAAGAUUAUCAUGGCUUGCCAGAAUUUAGACAGGCAGUUGCAAGAUUUAUGGAAAAAGUCAGAGGAGACAAAGUCACAUUUGAUCCAAAUCGCAUAGUAAUGAGUGGAGGAGCAACUGGAGCUCAUGAAACACUGGCUUUUUGUUUGGCCAAUCCUGGAGAUGCAUUUUUGGUUCCUACCCCAUAUUAUCCUGGAUUUGACAGAGAUUUAAGGUGGAGAACUGGUGUACAACUUUUUCCAGUUGUUUGUGACAGUUCUAAUGAUUUCAAGGUCACAAAAAAAGCCUUAGAAUCUGCAUAUGAAAAAGCUCAAGAAUCCAAUAUUAAUAUAAAGGGUUUGCUUAUAAACAAUCCUUCAAAUCCAUUAGGCACUAUUCUUGACAGUGAUACACUGAAAGACAUAGUAACAUUCAUAAAUUCGAAAAACAUCCACUUAAUAUGCGACGAAAUUUAUGCUGCUACUGUCUUUGAUCAGCCGAAAUUCAUCAGUGUUUCUGAAAUAGUUGAAGAACAUGUUGGAUGCAACAAAGAUUUGAUCCACAUUGUUUAUAGCUUGUCGAAAGAUUUGGGAUUUCCUGGAUUCAGAGUCGGAAUUGUUUACUCAUACAACGAUACAGUAGUCAAUAUUGCUAGAAAAAUGUCAAGCUUCGGGCUCGUUUCAACACAGACACAACAUUUGAUUGCAUCAAUGUUGUCUGAUGAAACUUUCAUCGAAAAAUUCAUUGCUGAGAGCUCAGAAAGACUAGGAAAAAGACACGAGAUGUUUACUAAAGGACUAGCACAAGUUGGAAUUAGUACAUUGAAGAGUAAUGCUGGUUUAUUCUUUUGGAUGGAUUUAAGAAGGUUACUAAAAGAGUUAACUUUUGAAUCUGAAUUAGAAUUGUGGAGAAUUAUUAUCAAUGAAGUGAAACUUAAUGUUUCACCAGGUUGUUCUUUUCAUUGUUCUGAACCAGGUUGGUUUAGGGUUUGUUUCGCGAAUAUGGACGAUGAAACAAUGAGAAUUGCUUUAAGAAGGAUAAGGAACUUUGUGCUUCAAACAAAAGGACUUAACAGUAAAUCUGCAGUUAAGAAACAAUGCAGCAGGAGCAAACUUCAGAUCAGCUUAUCGUUUCGACGAAUGGAUGAUUUCAUGAAUUCACCAGUUCAUUCUCCAAUGAAUUCACCUUUGGUCAGGACUUGAAGAGAAAAAAUGGCUUAGUUUCUUGUUGUUUGUUUAAUAAGAGGAGUAAAAAUUUCCUCUAUUAUAGUGAUGAGUGAUAGAAUAUUUCAUACAUAUAUUUAGUAUUUGAUUUCACAGUUCAUUCCAUUUUGUGCAGCUGAUUAAGAUAAGAAACAAGUUCUUCAGAGAAUGUUUUGGACUUUUAUUAUCUGAAUUUUUCCUAUGAUUUCAUCAAUGUAAAGUGUAUCAAAAUGGGAUACACUGUGGAAUUUUUAUUUUUUCUUGGUUUUUUUUGUAUUCCUUCUUGAGAAAAAGGAGGCUUAAAGUUGUAACCAAAACUUUUACUUGCUUAUAUAUAAAAUUUACUGGUGUGUUCUUGACAA